GAAUAUUUUUAUUACUUCUUCUCCACUCUCUUCUCCUUUGUCUUCUCCACUCUCUUCUCCUUUGCCUUCUCCCAUCUUUCGUGCAGCUCCUCUUGCUUUUACCCCUACCAUAAUACAUAUACCCAUCUCUCAACAGCAGGACAUUGGAGCACGGAUUUAAUCGUACCAUGAGUACUAUUGACAACAAAACACCCCAAUAUGCUUCGGAGAAGCAGGAGAUCGCCGACGUUGCCGACGCUGAGCGUGCCUAUAGCGUCACGUCUGAUGAAAUUGACCCUAUUGCCGUUAGUAAACUAAGAAGAAAAAUUGAUUGGCAUUUAAUCCCAUUGAUCUCAGUGCUAUACCUUUGCUCAUUUUUGGAUCGUGUCAAUAUCGGAAAUGCAAAGGUGGCUGGUCUGGAAGACGAUGUUGCCCUUACUCCAAGUGAGUACAACUGGGCCCUUUCUAUCUUCUUCAUUGGAUAUGUCCUUUUUGAAAUUCCCUCAAACAUUUUGCUCAAGAAGAUGGGGCCAAGAAAAUGGAUUACGAUUGUGAUGAUUGCAUGGGGAACUAUCAUGAUGGCCAUGGCUGCUGUCACGAAUGCAGCUGGAUUACUUGCAGCUCGUUUCUUCCUUGGGUUGGCUGAAUCAGGACUCUUCCCAGGCUCGGUUUACUUGAUUUCACUCUGGUACACUCGUUCGGAACAAGCCCUUCGUAAUGGAUUGUUCUUCAGUACAGCGACUAUGGCAGGUGCCUUUGGGGGUGUCUUGGCUUAUGGAAUUGCGCAAAUGGAUGGUAUUCAGGGUCUUCAUGGAUGGCAAUGGAUUUUCAUUCUGGAAGGUUUGCCUACAGUUCUGCUGACAAUUGUUGUGUUCUUCUACCUGCCUGAUUUCCCUGCCACGGCCUAUUUUUUGAACAAUACUGAGAAGGAGCUGGCUGUUAAGCGUCUGGUCAUCGAUGCAGGUCCAGCUACUCAGACUGAGUUCUCGUGGAAACAGUUCCGCGCAGUGUUCAUUGACUGGAAAGUGUAUAUGCAUAUGAUUACCUACAUCCUCAAUGCAACGCCUCUCUACUCUCUCUCCCUCUUCUUCCCAUCCAUUGUCCAAGGUUUUAAGUUUAGCCCUUUGACAACACAGGCUAUGACAGCUCCCGCAUAUAUCAUUGCCUGCCUCUUUACAAUCAUCUGCGCCUUUUCAUCAGAUCGUUUCCGCGAGCGUGGCUUGCAUUAUUCUCUUCCUACUUUCCUCGGUUGCCUUGGAUAUAUUCUUUUGAUCAUUACAAAGGAUUCAUCGACAAUCGUUCGUUAUGUGAGCUUGACUAUUACUGCAAUUGGUGUCUUCUCAUCUGUGCCCCCAAUGCUGUCUUGGUUCACAACCAACAUCGGAGGCCAUACAAAGCGUGGAGUUGCUACGGCCGCUAUUAUUUCGUUUGGAAACAUCGGAGGAGCUAUUGGAGGACAAAUCUACAGGGCCCCGGAUGCUAAAAAUGGGUUUGUCCGCGGACAUACCAUCUGUGCUUGCAUGAUGGGGAUUUCUGGAGUCUUGAUCUUGGUAAUGAAGUACUUUUUGCAACGUGAGAACAAACGUCGCGCCAAUCUGACCCCCGAAGAGUAUGCAAGAGAAGCUGAGGGCGAAGACCUGUGUGACAACCACCCUGGCUUUACUUAUUAUACGUAAAAAAAAAGAGAAAGAGAGAGGACACUAUCUUUCCGAUAUAAUUCUGUACAUAGCUUUCAAGCACCUUUUUUUUUUUUAGUAAAUGAUAUACGUAAC